AUGGCGAAGGAGAACGCUGAUCUCGUAGCAACAACGUUUAAACGUCUGCGUCCCAUUUCGUACCUCUCGCGCUUCCUCGACGCUUCCAUUCGCGAAGAUGGCCGUCCUCUCGCUGCCUUCCGUGAUGCUACCAUCACUCUCGGAUCCAUCUCCACGGCCGAUGGCUCCUCUUUUGUUCGCAUUGGUAAUACUUCUUGCAUCGCAGCUAUCAAAGCAGAGGUAGCCACUCCACAACUCUCUCGUCCACGUGAAGGAUACCUCAUUCCCAACGUCGAGCUUCCCGCCGUCUGCUCGUCCAAGUUCAAACCAGGUGCUCCCGGAGACGAGGCUCAGGUGCUGACGAGCAGACUCUUGGCACUACUCAAUAGCUCCAACUUGCUAGACAGGCAACUGCUAUGCAUCCAAGAUGCCAUUGCCGUCUGGUGCUUGUAUCUCGACAUCAGCUUCAUCUGCUUUGAUGGCAAUGCAAUGGAUGCUGCCGUGCUUGCCGCUGUUUCAGCCCUCUCGGACACUAAAUUGCCAGCGGCUACCUACGAUCCAGAUACGGAACAAGUGCGCUGCUCGUCCAGCCGAACCGCCUUGCAUCUUGAACAUGUCCCUUUCGCAUCUUCGUUUUCCAUCUUUGAGAACCAGUAUCUGCUCAGCGAUCCCACUGCUUUUGAAUCUGCCCUCUCCUCUUCGCACGCCACAGUCGCUGUCUUGCUCAAUCCGUCAGCCUUGCCCAAAUCUUCCAAAGCGAAACCAACCAUCACUUACCUCCAUCAGUCAGGUCGUCUCUCGACCACCAGCUCGGAUUCGACCACUAGCGCAACCGACCAGCACAUCCUGCAGCUUUGCAUCGACCGCUCGUACUCUAGAGCCAAACAGCUGGCUUCUUUACUACACGAUGCUCAACUCAAAUCUCCAUGA